AUGGAACAUUCUCCGCUCGAGCUCCCGCCCACUUCGCUUUUGCAAGGAUCAGUUCCUCGAGUCACGCUUGCAUGUAUACAAUGUCGUUCACGAAAAGUCCGCUGCGACGCUACACUGCCGAGCUGCAAUCGCUGUCUCGCUGAUAUGAAGACGUGCAAAUAUCAAAAGUCGCGUCGCGGCGGGCGACCUCGUCAUCCAGCAGUACCUCCUCCACAAGACACGGUGGAAAAUAUCUCAGCAACUUCUGAACAACACCAACGAUCACAAUUGGACAAGAUCUCCGCAACAGCUAGUCUGCCUUUGGGCAGCAAUUCGUCCGACACAGGAACAGCGGUGAUUUCGUCACAGAGUGACUCCAAUUCUUUUGUGAACGUAUCAAUCGUCGACAGCAUUGUACUUGGUGGUACUUAUCUUACGCAAGGACAGAUCGACCAGCUUUUGAUCAAAUACUACGUUUGUUUUCACGUCGCACAUCCGUGCGUGCUCCCUAGAUGGUCGCUUCUACUACGGCUUACCAGUGAGCCGGUUGCAUCAGAUACCUUACUUCCAGUUUUGCUGUACAUCGGUUCCAUCUUCACCGACGUGGUCGACUCGGGUCCCUUGGCGGAGGCUGCUUCUCGAGCCGUCUCUGCAGCACGGCUACGCCCGGGACCGCUUGAUCCGUAUUAUAUCCAAGCAUUGCUGCUGUAUGCCAUCGCAGUGUACUGGUGUAAUGAGCCAAGAAGAGGACGGGAUUUGCUGAACGAGGUCAUAUGUGGGGCGCUUACAUUAGAAAUGCAAAGAAUGGAGUUUGCAUCACGCUACGGCCAAGGCGAUCCGGUUCUACAAGAAAGCUGGAGGCGCACAUGGUGGACGAUUUACAUCACUGAUGCACACAUCGCGGGGAGUACUCACUCGUUCCCUACUCAGAGCGGAGCUGUGGAGAUUACAACUGGCCUUCCCUGUGAAGAGCACAAGUAUGAGUCUGGUGAUAUUUCUCCGCCAGCAACGUUGCGUAGUUACGGCGUUCGCGAGUUCUCUGAUAUGGAGUUCUCGUCGUUCGCUGAGCUGGUUGGUCUCACCCAAGGUAUCAAUCGAGCACUAGCGACGCAGCGCAUAGGAAACAUUGAAAAUGCGAAAGUGAUGGCUGAGACUGCAGACAACACGAUGAUGGCAUGGUGCUCUCUUCUUCCCGCGUCAAAGAAGAAAAUUAUUCGAGACGAUGGGAGUGUAGACGAGCAUCUUUUCAAAGCCAACAUACUCAUGCAUGCUUAUAUUGUUGAUCUGCAUCGUCAACUAUCCACACUGAAGUACUUCCCCAUCGAAUCAGUCUCAAAGUGCGUGCCGCCUCCGCCCCCAGAUUCAAACGAUGCCAUAAAAGAGGAAGCCCACAUCCACACCGCCAAGGUCCUGUUCUCUAUUGAGAAGCUCAGUAGUCUUCUUACGCUUCCGACACGCUUCAGUGAGCAUACCCCUUUCAUUAUCUGUACGAUCACCUUGAUGACCAUUGCGCAUCUUUCCGCCUGUCGUUACAUCUUCAAGGAGCCAAGGAUAUCGUUGGAGCGUGAGAAGAUUCGGCUCAAGAUGGGAGUGUUGAAGAUGCUAGGUGAACUCUGGCCCUCCGGGAAGAGGGAGUACCAUGAUAUGGGUAUCAUUGCUCGAGAGAUGCUGGCAAUAGAAGAUGAGGAGGUGGAGAUUCCUGAGAUGACUGGACUAGUGCCACCUGAUGCUCUGGCACUUAACUUCGAUUUUGAUAUCGACUGGAAUUGUGACUCCGCUGCAAGUUCAAAUACAGUGGGCUUUAUGACGGAUGCGAUCUGA